AUGCCUUCAGCUGCGGAUAGCUCUCCCAAAUUGGAAUCGCGAUUGCUCCUAGUCUCAAAUCGUCUUCCUAUCACCAUCAAGCGUUCUAAAGAUGGUAAAUAUGACUACUCGAUGUCCUCGGGUGGCCUCGUCACCGGUCUAAGUGGAUUGUCCAAAAGUACCACCUUCCAAUGGUAUGGCUGGCCUGGGCUGGAAAUCCCAAAGGAUGAGAUCGAGGGCGUCACUGGUAGACUGAAGGACGAAUUCAAUGCCAUCCCAGUCUUCAUGAGCGACGAAUUGGCAGACAGGCAUUACAAUGGCUUCUCAAACUCUAUCAUGUGGCCGUUGUUCCAUUACCAUCCCGGUGAGAUCACUUUUGACGAGUCGGCCUGGAACGCUUAUAGCGAAGCAAAUCGUCUCUUUGCUCGUGCCGUCGCCAAAGAUGUACAGGAUGGCGAUCUGGUCUGGGUCCACGACUAUCAUCUCAUGCUUCUUCCCCAGAUGCUCCGCGAGGAGAUCGGCUCGUCAAAAUCCAACGUCAAAAUUGGGUUCUUCCUCCACACCCCCUUCCCAUCCAGUGAGAUCUACAGAAUCCUUCCUGUUCGAAAUGAAAUCCUGCUGGGCACUCUUCAUUGUGAUCUGAUUGGAUUCCACACCUACGACUAUGCACGACACUUUCUCAGCAGCUGUUCGCGGAUUCUAGGCCUAACAACAACUCCAAAUGGCGUCGAGUUCGAGGGCAAGAUCGUUACUGUCGGUGCUUUCCCCAUCGGCAUUGAUCCCGAGAAAUUCACCGAAGGUCUCAAGAAAGAGAAAGUGCAGAAAAGAAUAGCUGUCCUCGAGGAAAAGUUCAAAGGAGUCAAGUUGAUCGUAGGAGUGGAUCGUCUCGACUACAUCAAAGGUGUUCCUCAAAAACUGCACGCGCUCGAGGUCUUCCUUACGGAUCAUCCCGAAUGGAUCGGAAAAGUGGUGUUGGUUCAGGUGGCUGUACCGAGUCGACAAGAUGUCGAAGAAUAUCAGAAUUUACGUGCGGUGGUCAAUGAGCUGGUCGGACGGAUCAAUGGCAAAUUUGGCACUGUCGAGUUCAUGCCUAUUCACUUUAUGCACAAGUCAGUCAACUUCGACGAGCUGAUCGCUCUGUACGCCGUCUCCGAUGUCUGUCUUGUUUCAUCUACCCGAGAUGGUAUGAACUUGGUAUCAUUCGAAUACAUUGCCUCGCAAGAGGACAGACACGGUGUUAUGAUCUUGUCCGAGUUUGCCGGUGCCGCCCAGAGCUUAAAUGGCAGUAUCUUGGUCAACCCCUGGAAUACGGAUGAGCUGGCUGGUGCCAUCCAAGAGGCGGUCACCAUGAGCCCGGAACAUCGCGCCCUCAACUACUCCAAAUUGCACAAAUAUGUCUUCAAGUAUACAAGUGCUUUCUGGGGACAAUCCUUCGUGGCGGAACUGACGAGAAUAUCUGCUGCUGGAGAGAGGAAGCUGAAGGCCAGACGCGCGUCACUGAUACGAGCCCCAACA